CGCUUAUCCAAAGCAAAGAUUGCGCAGCCAAGAAAGAAGAACCUUUGGUGCGGCUGAUUCAACAUUCGGAUAUUGAUCAAUUAACAAUAUCACAAAGAGGUAAUGAAUAGAAAUCGAAUGAGAACAUAUAGUUCUCUGACUAUCUGUCUUUUAGAAAUACCAAAGCAAUCUAUUGAUGAUUUUACGGUUAUCUAUUUGCUAUGUGUGUUUUAUUAUGGGAAAAGUAUUGUCUGUCGAAACCCAUGAUUGUUAGUAAGUGGAAGUUUGGAAGGUCGCUCGAUGCUUUGUUAUAGUUCUUUUUCGUGUCUUUUAUUAGAAGGAGCACCAGGGAAGAAGACCAGAGGGAAUGAUCCAAAACCACCAGAAGCUCAUAUUGAUGCUACAACAGACAAUCUGAAAACGUCCGAUUAA